UCUUGCCGACGCCAUGCUAAAUUUUCACGGCUUUGUAUUUAGCUAUUGCAAAUUGCGCUAUUGAAAAGCAUUUCAACAGAAUUAUCUUUAGAAUUUAUGAAAACUUUCCUGUUUAGCAUUUAUUUCAAUCGAUGAAAUAAUUGGUUACCAAGGGUUAAACAAUGCCUGAACUCCCUGUUGAUAUGGCAGUUGCCAAUAGAUUUAUUUCAAGUUUAAGUAAAUCCUUACAAGCUUUGUGUCAUGGAUGCAUGGAUUUUGAUUCAGGCAUUGAAAUUGUUGGAUACAUAAAUAUUAACAUUGAUAGUGGUAGUAAAGUUGACUAUGUUCUUAAUGAGAAAGUAUUAAAAAGUACAAAUAACUCUAUGACAUUUGUAAGCAAUAGUUUUUUGGCAAAAAAAGAUCAGCCUAGACCUACUCGUGAUGGAUCUUGUUCACCCAUACUAGGAUUAUCUUUUCAAGGACAAGCAUCACCUUACCAUAGUCGCACAUGGGGACCUCAUUCUGGUUCACAAUAUCAAAGGUCAUCAGCACAGUUUUCACCUCAUUCUCAAGUACUCCAUGGCCCUCAAAAACGUCAGUGGGCUGGAGACUGGCGAGCAUCAAGUAAGAAACAAAAAUCUCAGGGCUCAUCUGAAACGUACAUGAGUCAAAACAGUGCUUAUUCCCAUUUACCAUCUAGUCAAUCUGACCCCACUUUUAAACAUCCACUACUUCCGCCACUUGGUACUGAAACAGAUGCUGCUAGUGAUACUGAAAAUCAAUUUAUUAAUAUUAAAAAAGAAGCUCUUGAUGCAGAAAAUGAACAAGCAUCUACCCAAGAUCCUGAACAUUCCACCUCUGAGCCAACUGAUGAACUUAAUUCUGACUCAACCGGAAAAUUACAGAUCAAAUGUGAUCCUGAUGGUUCUGAUGCAAACGAAACUGAAUUUCCUAAUGAGGCUGGUUCAUCCACAACUGAUUUUAAAGGAACUUUUCUAGAGCCAUCUGAUGCUGAUCAAAAUUCUUCUGAGCAAAAUAGUGAUCCAUCUGCUCCAUUUGAAUCUGACACAAAUGAAUCCACCAAGAAAUCUAACAUUGAUCAAAGCAUAGCUAGUACAAGUGCUGAUGACACUUUAGCUGAAUCUAAUUUACAUCCAGAUGAUGAUGAACCACCUGUAGAAUUUGAACAUAGCAAUGAAGAUAUGCCUUAUCCUCAUUCAGUUCACUCUGAUGCAGGAGAAGGCUCCAGUGAUGCUGGUCAGUUUGAAGUAAUUGAAAUUGAUGAUGAAGAUGAAGAUGUGCAAGCUAUGUUUGGAGAUCCUCGGGAAAUGGAUCCGACUAAUUUUGAUAUCAGUCAGCAAGAAUAUUUUCCCCCGAGGCAUUCAUCUUUUGUAAAUGAGAGAAAUAUUCAGAAGAAAUCAUCGAGCUUUAGUCAAUCUCUCAAUAAUUUCCAAUGUUCCCAUUGUGGAAUUAUGUUUCAUGAUGUGAUUACUUUAAGGAGUCAUAUAACUUCAAAUCAUUUCUCUGUAUCUUGUAAACUUUGUGGGAAAGGUUAUCAAACUCCCAGGGGCUUAGCUCACCAUAUGCAGUCUCACAAAGGGAAAACAUUCAUGUGUCCAGUUUGUGAUGCCAAAUUUACACACAAGUUCUCCAUCAAGUCUCACUUGCGGACAGUCCACAAAUCUGCUCGUUGUGUCUCUUGUUAUGCUGUAUUUAAGCUAGGGGAUGAAUAUGAUCAACAUGUUCUCUAUUGUGGGCAAAUAAGUUAAAUGGAAUAUCCCUUUUAAAAAAUCACUGUAACAUAAUACUCUUAAUAUGUGUGAAGCAUAACCAUAUACAGUUUUUUUUUUUGCUAUUGAUUUUAUUCUUUAUUAUAUAAAUUGUCAUUGAAGGACUCAAAUCUCCUCUUUAUUUGUACUACAUUGCUUUGAUUCUUUGCUAUCAAUUUAAAGGAUUGCACCCAGAAGACUGGAUUUUGUUUCUUUCAGAUACACAAAGUCAAUCUAGAGAAAGGCGGCUGCAUCAACGAUUUCCCUCAUUUCAUGGUUCUACUUUAGGACAAAUAAGCUGCCCUUUUUGUAAAGAUGUUCUUCAGGAUAUGUCACUUUUUAGGGCCCACAUGUCUCACUAUCAUAAGAACCAAAUGCCAUACUCAUGUUCAUUGUGUGGGAGAGGCUACCUUAGUGCAUCUGGGCUUGCUCGACAUAUGCAAUCUCACAGAGGAAAAACAUUUACGUGCCCCAUUUGUGAUUCAAAGUUUACACAAAAGUUUACUGUCAAACCUCAUUUAAGAUCAGUUCAUGGUUUAGAUCAGUGUUCCAACUGUUUAUCACUGUUUAAGUUAGGUUCUGAGUAUAGAAGUCAUAUAGAAAUAUGUGGGAACCUUGGAAUGUAAAUAUGUGAAAAAAUGAUUUGUAACAAAUAGGGUUUACAUUGAUAUAUUGUUAUACAAGUUGUAUUAAAAUGAAUAUUUAUUUUACUAUUAUUUGGUGGAAAAUCCAACACUAAUGUAAUUAGUUUUGUAAUUUUGUUCAAGAAAUGUUCUGAUGUUAUUUUUUAAAGAUUUAUUUUCGUUAACAUUGCCUGUCCUUGUUUUGAAAUCAUAUGAUACCAAAUUUUCAACAAAUGUGUAAUUAUCACUUAAAAAUUAAAAUGUUUCAUUACCUGGUUUGUUUUAUGAUUUGCUUAUUAACUAGCAGUAUGUUUGCUGACACAUAGCUAUAGUGUGUAUCCUGCAUAUGUUCUGAGGACACAGAUGGGCCACUGAAUUAUC